AUGGCAGCGACCACGGCGUCGUCAAAGUCUUCUGCUCAGGGAGCGAUGAGAAGGUCUGCGGGAGGAAAUGGAGCUGGGAGAAAUGGUUUAGCACCUCCCCAACCGCCACACAUGUAUGUAAUGAAUCGAAGGGUGACUAGAAGCCAAGCUCGGAAUGGUGCUAUCAUUCAAGCUCUGGAAGCUCCACCACGUAAUCCAAAUGCACCUGGACCGUCUCAGCUACUCUGGCAAGUACCAGAAACUCCGCCACGUAACCCAAAUGCACCAGGACCAUCUCAGCCAUUGUGGAACCCGGGAACUUUAAACGGACUACCACCACCUGUGCUGCCAUGGCUAGCUCCAGAAGACCAACCACGUUUCCCGAAUGCUCUAGGACCACCUAUUCUACCGUGGAUAGAUCCAGAAGCUCCUCGACCGAUGAUUCCAAUAGUUCCAGUAGGAGGAGGAAUCGCUGAAUACCAACAACAGCAACAACGAAGAGGGGAAAUAGAAGAAAUUGUCUUGUCGAGUGAUGAUGACGAUGAGGAUGAGGAGCCAGAAGAUGAGAAUCUGAUGCAGAACAUGAGACGACGAGCAGUUCAACCGCAGCUUUUGAUGGACAAGUUCAACAGAUGGAUGAGACUUGGAUUCUUCUUCUGCACCAUUGAGAGUAAGUUUUUUUUUUUUGAAAUCAAAAUAUAUAAUUUUAAAUUUCCAGCUCUCAUUGACAAUUUCGACGGAGAAGCCAAGGCCAUGGAGGCAGAAGCCAACAAGAAGUGGCGAGAACUUCUGCUAAUCUAUGGAGAUGGCCAUGUACCAGGACAGGAUGGGUAUCCAUCAUGUGGGACACCUAGAAUUAAGCACGAGUUGAGACUGAUGUCGAAGCAUAUCGAUUUCUUUGCAGGCCUCCUCUGCAAGUUUGUCACCGAAUUCGACAAUUCUCAAUUGCGAUUGAACAAAAUGCGAAGAGCUACAGCGUUGAUAAAAGGAAUCAUGGUUUUCGACAGGGAGCGUAGGGUGCCAAUUUACAACAACAUGUCUCCUGGUAUCACAGAUUUUGAUAGAGAACUCGACAUUUUCAAAGUCAACGCAGGGCUGUUCAUUGAGUAUCUCCGCACCUACCAGCAGUAUCCUACACCUCGUCCGAACAUCGCAGUGCUACUUGCAAAACCAUGA